AUGAAGAGAAUCAAUACGUUCAUUCCGGCCGAACACUUCCGGAUGGAAACGUUAGCCACGAUCCUCCCCUCACUGGAGGCGUCGGACCUGGCCGUGUCUCUGGAUUUACGCGACGCGUACUUCCACAUUCCCAACCAUCCAGCUUCGCGCCGGGCCCUCCCGUUCGGGCUGCGACCGGCGCCCCGAGUGUUUACUCGCAUAGUCACCACUGUGGCAGCCUAUUUGAGAAACCAAGGCCUGCGACUCUUCGUCUAUCUAGACGACUGGCUUAUUGUCGCAGACUCGGAGGCAAAGUUGCAAGCUCACCUCUCCUUGCUACUACGGGUGACUCAGAGCCUCGGGUUCAUGAUCAACUGGGAGAAAUCGGAGCUCACUCCCUCCCGCGUUCCCAUGUAUUUGGGCGCGAGGAUAGAUAUACCGAACCAACUCGCGCGGCCCAGCCCAGACAGGGUGCGGUCGAUCACGUCUCUCGCCCACUCCGUAAGGGGGCGCAGUCACGUGAAAGCCCGCGUCUGGCUUCAGUUGCUAGGUUAUAUGGCCAGUCUAGUAGACAUAAUACAAGAUUGUCGUCUCUACAUGAGGCCCUUCCAAAGACAUCUCCGCUACUGCAGCCCCGGGGUAGACUCACUGCAGUCUCGGAUUCCUCUGCCACUGUCUAUCAGUCGCAGUUUAGCGCCCUGGACUCGCCCAGCUUUCGUGGCUCAGGGCAAGCCACUACAGACUCCCCUCCCGUCAGCCUCAGUGACCACCGACGCCUCGCUCUCCGGUUGGGGUGGCCACUGCGAAGGGGAGAUGGUGUCCGGAGCUUGGGCUUAUCCAGGCGCUCUCCCUCACAUCAAUGUGUUGGAGAUGCAAGCGACGUCCAACGCACUCCGCCACUUUCAGCACUAG